AUGGCGGAUGAACAUGAUCUCAAGCACUAUGUCGACCCAUCCGGGCAUGAAUUUGAUAUUGGUCAGAUACUCUCUAUGCAAUCUACACCAGAAGAGGAAAAGAAAGUAUUGCGAAAACUGGACAUGAUAUUAAUUCCAUUGAUGGGGACCGCUUAUUUCUUGCAAUUUCUAGACAAGUUGGCUCUGAGCCAGGCGACGUUGUUCAAUCUCCGUCAGGAUCUGAACCUCCAUGGCUCGCAAUAUUCGUGGACAUCGGCGAUCUUUUACUUUGGAUACUUCUUUUGGAGCUGGCCAAGCUCGUAUGUGAUUGUUCGUAUGCCUAUUGGGAAAUACUUGUCUCUUGUUGUCUUUCUCUGGGGUGGUGUUUUAAUGUGCCAUGCUGCAUGCACUAGCUUUGCUGGCUUGAUGGUUGCUCGAUUCUUUCUUGGUGUUGGUGAAGCUGCUGUCGCACCGGGAUUCACAUUGCUCACCGGCAUGUUCUAUACUCGAGCGGAACAGCCUGUGCGCCAAUCUGCCUGGUUCUUUGGCAACUGCAUCGCAGUCCUUAUCGGUCCAUUGAUCGCUUACGGAAUAGGCCAUAUAAAUGCGUCUAUUGCGCACUGGAAGCUCAUGUUUUUGAUUCUGGGCGCCAUCACCUCGGCCUAUGGUGUCAUUCUAUCCUUCUUACUCCCGGACUCUCCAAUCAAUGCUGUUUUUCUCAAGCCAAAUGAACGGGCAAUUGCAGUUCAGCGAACCUUGAAGAAUAAGACUGGUGUCCUAGAUAAUGGGAAGUUCAAGUGGUCGCAAGCACGAGAUGCGUUCACAGAUCCUCAGGUCUGGCUGCUAGUCUUGAACUCCUUCGCCUCAAACUUGUGCAAUGGGGGGAUCACUACGUUUACUUCGAUUAUCACUGCGGGAUUCGGUUUCACAGACCUCAUGGCUCUUCUCAUGCAAAUGCCCCAGGGCGCAGCUGAGAUUGUGUUUCUCAUCCUGACAUCCCUAGCUUGUACAUUCAUUCCUUCGGCCCGGAUUAUUGCCAUGGUACUGAAUACAAUCGUCUCAGUGAUUGGUUUACUCUUGAUCUGGAAGCUAGACCCUUCAGAACAGGUCGGGCGGAUGGUCGGCUUGACCCUGGCUGUCGUCUAUGCCAUUAACCUUCCUAUUUCAUUCAGUGUGAUUACAUCUAAUAUCGCGGGAUUCUCGAAGAAGAGUGUAUCUAGCGCUCUUUUGUUUAUUGCAUAUUGCGUGGGCAAUAUGGUUGGGCCCCAGUUUUUCCUCGCAUCGGAGGAACCUUCUUACCCAACUGGUAUCAAAGCAGCUAUGUCAGGUCUGGUUUUGAGCAUAUUUUUCCUGAUUCUUUUGUAUGUCUAUUACACUUGGGAGAACCGCCGCCGUGACAGUUUGUAUGGCUCCCUUGAGCAAGUGACAGUUGGAGCAGAAUUGCAGGAUGAAUUGUCAAGUAAAACGGAUAGGGAGAUUGACAGCUUCCGAUACUUGCUCUGA